AUGAACCGAGAACAUGCAUUCAACUCCGGCAAGCAGGUAAAUCCCGUCCAGAAUGCUUCGUUCCUUUCCAAGCGCGUAUUCUGGUGGCUUCGUGACACAUUCCGCGCCGGGCAUCGGAAAGAGCUCACGGAGGAAAAGCUCUAUGCAACACUUCCGGAGCACAGCAGCCACGAACUGGCCGAUACCUUCGAACGCCUUUGGUCAGAGGAGCUGCAGCGCGGUCCCGACAAGGCGAGCUUUGGACGCGUAUACUGGAGGGCGUUUGGACCAGGAACACUCUUUUGGGGUCUGCUGUUCUCGGCGUUUGAAACAGCAAACCGGGUGGCGCAACCAUUGCUCCUCGGAGAGCUGGUAUCGUACUUCACUCCGAACCAGGAUACAAUCAGCGAACGGGACGCCUAUUUGUAUGCGGGUGGUGUUAUCGCGUGCUCGCUGUUAUCGGUCAUAUCGUUCCACCCAUUCAUCUACUACAUAAUUCAAUUAGGAAUGAAGUUUCGAAUUGGUGCAUCGUGUUUAAUUUAUAAUAAGGUACUUAAACUCUCUAAAUCAACGACCGCCAGUGAUGGGCUGAAUGGGAAGAUCAUCAAUUUGCUAUCGAACGACGUAGGGAAGUUUGACAUAGCUUUGUGUUUUGUGCACGAUCUCUGGAAAGGACCGAUGGAAGCGAUUCUUCUCGGAUACUUCAUCUAUCUUCAGAUUGGCUUUUCCGGUCUGCUCGGGAUGGCCUUUCUGUUAAGCUUCAUUCCGUUGCAGGCUUGGGUUGGCAAGAAGACUGCAACCUUUUCCAUGAAGGCCGCCAAGCGGACCGACCUGCGAGUACGUUUUAUGAACGAAAUCAUUCAGGGCAUACAAGUGAUCAAGAUGUACACCUGGGAGAGUUCCUUUGCGAAAAUGAUCGAAACGAUCCGGAGAAAGGAAAUUCAGGCCAUUCGCGGCGGUGCGUACGUGCGAGCUACACUCAUAUCGUUCUUCGCCGUGUCGCAUGUGUCCAUCUUUAUCAGUUUGCUGUCCUACACCGUUACGGAGAACGUUAUCACUGCCAAAAAGGUGUUCAUUGUGACGUCUUUCUAUAGCAUACUGAACGAUUCGAUGGUGCAUUUCUGGCCUAUGGCUAUUACUUUCUGCGCUGAGGGGUACAUUUCGCUUAAACGUAUACGCGACUUUCUACUGACACCCGAAGGAAAGCCCUCGAGUGAGGCAGGAAGGAGCGAGAAUGUUAACAAGAAUAUCAACAAAAAGUUUACGGAAGCAAAUCUCGGCGGCGAUACGUCUGUUGAAGGGGCAGAGACCGACAAAUCAAAUCAAAAUGGUGGCAAGACGCUCAUUCAGGACGAUGACGUCGACCGAGAGCCCUUGUUGCCGACGCGUCUAAUACGCAUUUUGGACAGCGAGCGUAAAGGAGUGGUGCUGGAUAAUGCCACGGCGCGAUGGAUGAGUUCCUCGGCGGCAACAGAAAAGGCACCGGGUGGUGGAGAUGCCUCAACUGUAGAAAACACUAACGUUGGCAUCGAAUCCGUGAGCAUUUCCAUUGAGUCUGGCAAGCUUUGUGUAUUAGUUGGUCCUGUCGGAUCCGGCAAAUCGACACUUUUACAAGUGCUGCUAGGAGAGCUAGAGCUGGACGAGGGAAGCGUGGAAAUUCGCGGAACUGUCAGCUACGCUUCACAGGAACCGUGGUUAUAUGAGGGUAGCGUACGUAACAACAUACUCUUCACCGAGGAAUACAACGAGCGCCGUUAUCUGCAGGUUGUGCGCGUGUGUGCACUGGAAAAAGACUUCGAGCUAUUUCCACACGGUGAUCAAACGAUCGUCGGUGAGCGAGGCAUAAGCUUAAGCGGCGGACAGAAAGCUCGAGUUAACCUUGCACGAGCAGUGUACAGAAAGGCCGACAUCUACCUCCUGGAUGACCCACUGUCAGCGGUGGAUACGCACGUGGGAAAGCAUAUCUACGAGAUGUGCAUUCGUGAGUUCCUAGCGAACCGAGUAUGUAUACUGGUAACGCACCAGCUGCAAUACCUCAAGGAUGUCCAACAGAUUGUACUUAUGAAUGGUGGUCGGGUGGAAGCCGUCGGUAGCUAUCGAGAUUUGAAAAAGUCCAACAUUGAAUCCAUAAUGGCACUCACACCGGAUGAAUCGCCUUCGGAAAAUCCGUUCGACAAAGAGCUUAAAAAUGUGCGUCCACGACGAAUCAGUGGAUCAUCUACGGGAUCGCAAAAUCGGGACAUUGACCUUAUGGUGGAUCUACUUGAUCAUGAGAAGCAAGAAGAGGAAAAAGAAUCUCAAGGAGGCAAGGGUAGCGUAGGUCUGUCCGUGUACAAAUCGUAUAUAGCGGCAGUGCAAAGUUGUGGCUGGAUCUUCUGGCUCAUUGCACUUAUGUUACUCUCACAGAUAGCGGUCAGCGGGGUGGACAUAUUCGUGGCAGAAUGGGUGAACUGGGAGGAACGGAUCGCUGGAAUACCACCGGUGUUCGAUCUGAACGAUAACCAUACUAUAUUAAGUUCACGGGAUGUACGCGUUCUGCUGCGCGAGCAAACGGACGUCAGUAACUUCAUCGAGCGACAACAGUAUAUCUGGAUAUACAGUGGAUUGAUCAUACUACUGGUUGUUUUGGUGGUGCAACGGUCGUUUUCGUUUUUCUACGUGUGCUUGCGCAUUUCGAUGAACCUGCACGAUCGCCUGUUUCGGGGAUUAACUCGUGCAACUAUGCAUUUUUUCAACACGAAUCCCUCGGGUAGGAUCCUAAAUCGAUUCUCCAAGGAUAUUGGCUCGAUAGAUUCCUCUUUACCGAUGUCUUUGCUGGAUUGCGUGGUGUUUUUCCUAGAAAUGAUUGCCGUCGUGGCGGUAGUAUCCAUCGUCAACUAUUGGUUCCUGCUACCGACCGGAAUUGUAGCCGUAAUCAUGUACUACAUCAGGCGGAUGUAUCUGAACACUUCGCGCGUGGUGAAACGUAUCGAAUCCGUCAAUCGGUCGCCUCUCUUCUCUCACACCAACGCCACCCUACAAGGUCUCUCAACGAUCCGUGCGUUCGGUGCGCAGGCGGCAGUGAGGCGCGAGUUCAACGAAUUUCUCAACGUUAAUUCAUCCUCCUGGUUCAUGUUUAUUUCGACAACUCGCGCCUUCGCCCUGUGGCUCGAUCUUGUGUGCGUACUGUACAUCGGCAUCGUGACGUUGAGUUUCCUAGUCGGGGCCCAGCACACCCUCGGUGGUAGCGUCGGUCUAGCCAUCACCAAAACGAUCAGUCUCGUUGGAAUGUGCCAGUGGGGGAUGCGGCAAUCGGCGGAACUCGAAAAUCAGAUGGUUUCCGUGGAGCGUGUCAAUGAGUACACGAACCUUCCGUCGGAGCCGCCACUUGAGACGGCCCCGAAACAUCGACCCCAGCGCAACUGGCCCGAACACGGUGUGAUACGGUUCAUCAACGUUGAUCUGCGCUACUCAGAGGAUGGUGAGCGCGUGCUGAAAGAUCUAAAUUUUGUCAUCCGACCAAAUGAAAAGGUUGGCAUCGUGGGGCGCACUGGUGCGGGCAAAUCAUCGCUCAUACAGGCACUGUUCCGGUUGGCACCGUUCGACGGGAAUAUUGAGAUCGACGACAUCGACACAAAAACGUUGGGAUUGCGUGAUUUGCGAAGCAAAAUAUCGAUCAUUCCGCAGGAUCCAAUCCUCUUCUCGGGCACAUUGCGCAGUAAUUUGGAUCCUUUCGAGCAGCGCAAAGAUGAAGAACUCUGGAGUGCUCUCGAUCAGGUUGAGCUGAAAGAAGCCGUAUCGUCACUGGCCGGUGGAUUGGAAUGUCGUAUGUCCGACGGAGGAAGCAACUUCAGUAUGGGCCAGCGGCAACUAGUUUGCCUGGCGCGAGCAAUAUUGCGCAAUAAUAAAAUCCUUGUCCUCGAUGAAGCCACAGCAAAUGUAGAUCCAGAAACGGAUAAACUAAUUCAAACUACAAUUCGCACAAAAUUCGCCCACUGUACAGUAUUGACGAUCGCCCAUCGACUGCACACGGUUAUGGAUAGCGAUCGGGUGCUGGUAAUGGAUGCUGGGCGUGUCGUCGAAUUUGGGCAUCCGCACGAAUUGCUACACGGCCCGAUCGGUCAGCUGCGUCGGCUCGUUGAUCAAACCGGUGUGGCUACAGCGGCUAUGUUGAUGCGGAACGCCGAGGAAAACUUCAAAAAAUCAAGCGCAAGGCAUACCGAAGCAAUAACGCUUGGAUUAUCUUGAAGCGACCUUCCAGUUCGGUAUGCAGAGCUAACGGAGGCAACAAAUCUUUUAAAGAUUAAUGGCAUUGAGAUUAGUUUAGGGAUAAGAAAUGUUUGCUCACUGCGAGCUGCACAUGUUCAAAGAUUCGACUAAAAAUAUGAAUCUUAAUAUUUUUUUCUAAAACAAAUAACACCAACAAAUGAUUAAAUAAAUCAUCGCACAGGACUACUUAAAGUAACACUAAAGAUGCGGUCAAUUUCAUGACUUGCAUUACUGUCAAAUGCAUUUUAAAGUAAAACUAUUGAAAUUGGAUUAAAUAAUUCUUCCUCGUUUAUAUUGCCU